AUGAAGCUCAUUGCUGGACUUUUUCUAGUUGCCUCUGUUGGUGCUGUUCUGGGAGUUCCACUUCAAAAUGCCGCAAAACUGCAUCAACUGAGCCACUCCAAUGACGCAUUUUCAUUCAAGUUGAUGCAACUUUUAGAGCAGAAAACUCAUCAAAACGCAAAAAACCUUUUCAUCUCGCCCUUCAGCAUCGGAACCGUUCUCUCGAUGGCCCUUGCCGGAAGUGACCAGGCCACCUACGGACAGAUUUACGACACGCUCGGUUUCACCAACUCGAGCCUGGCAAAGUCCGACGUCCUCCAGUCCUACCACACUCUCCUUCACUCCCUAAUCCACAAUCCACUCGGCAAGGAGAAUGUCCUCAGCGUGGCCAACUCGAUGGCCGUGCAGAAGAACUACGCCCUUCUCGAGAGCUUCCUCAGCGACAUCACUGGCAACUUUGAGUCCCGCGUCUUUGUCGAGGACUUUGUCGGCAACGCCCACAAAGCCACCAAGGACAUCAACGACUGGGUCAAUGAGCAGACGCGGGGGAAAAUCCCGAAGCUCUUUGACGAGGACCUCGAUCCUUCUACAAUCAUGGUCCUUCUAAAUGCCAUCUACUUCAAGGGCACCUGGAAGUACCAGUUU